GUCAGCUCUCCUUGAUGACACGUUUUCAGGAAGUGUAGUGACACAAAAAUGAUGAGACAGGACUCCGACGAUGCCCCAGAGGAUGUGUCCUUGUUUGACGCGGACGAUGAGACAUCGAGAAAGUCCAGGAAAUCAAAGAUCAGGCACCCUCUGGCUUCUUUCUUCCACCUGUUUUUCCGAGUCAGUGCGAUCCUUGUGUAUCUCCUGUGCGAGAUCCUGAGCAGCAGCUUCAUAGCCUGCAUGGUCACUAUUAUUCUGCUGCUCUCCUGUGACUUCUGGACUGUAAAGAACAUUACUGGCAGGCUGAUGGUGGGGCUUCGCUGGUGGAACCAGGUUGAUGAUGAUGGGAGGAGUCACUGGAUCUUUGAGGCCAGAAAGCCUUCAACUCGGGGGAAGGCAGCCUCUUCAGACUCCGAGUCUCGUAUCUUCUGGCUGGGCCUGGUGAUCUGCCCCAUUAUCUGGGUUAUCUUCGUCUUCAGCACACUCUUCUCAUUCAAAAUUAAAUGGCUGGCAGUGGUGAUCAUGGGGGUUGUGCUACAGAGCGCCAACUUGUACGGAUACGUCAAAUGUAAAGUGGGCAACAAAAGCAAUUUGAAAAGCAUGGCUACCAAUUACUUUGGACGCCAGUUUUUCCGACAGGCAGCUAAGGAAGAAGGACCCUAAAGCCCUGAAAGACACUACUAUGUUGCCACUGUAAUAUAGAGAUAACUAAUUACAAUAUUUUCUUAAGAUUAAGUUUAGACCAUGAUCUUUGUAAUCCUUCAGUGUUUAUUAACUUUCCAGGUCGAACAGAGUGAUAUGUAUCAAAACAGAUGAUGUACAUUGGUGAGGGAGAGAAAAUGGUAAUUAUGAAGUGACCGGCAGUUUCACCAAUAUAUCUAAAUUUCUAAUUUAAACUGUCACACUGGGGGGUGGGGUCGUAGUCAGCAGGGAGAGGGAGUUGGUGCUCUUCUGUUUUAAGCAUUCAUUUCAUAAUACAGAUUAUCCACAUAAUGAGUUUGUAUAUUUCUCUGAUUGUAUUAAAGGGUUUGGGGAGG